AUGACCGACUCAAUACCACCUACCCCCAAUGGCCUACCCACCACCACAUCAACACCAACAACCUCAACCACAGACACAACAACCACCACAAACACAUUCCCACCCUCAACAACCCCCUCCCUAUCCAGCAUAAUCACCCACUGCCACACCAAAAUCCACACCUUCCUCUCCGAAUCCCACCCCGCCGACUCCCUCCUGGCCAAAGUCCAACUCCAAACCCGCACCUCCCUCAACGUCAUCUCCACCGCCCUCCACCGGUACCCUCUCAACGAGCUCUCCCUCUCCUACAACGGCGGCAAAGACUGUCUCGUGCUCCUCGUCCUCUUCCUCGCCAGUCUCCACCCCCACCCCGCCCCCGAAGACGGCGGCCUCACCUCCAUCCCCGCGAUCUACGCCCUCCCGCCGGACCCUUUCCCAGACGUCGAGGAAUUCGUCCAAUGGUCCGCCCGCGCAUACCAUCUCAACGUACUCAAAUACACGACGGACCCGCCGCGCUCAACGAUCAAAUCCACCUUUGAGGAUUACCUGUUCGUCAACCCGGGAGUGAAAGCGAUUUUCGUCGGAACGAGACGGACGGAUCCUCAUGGUGCCAAAUUGACCCAUUUCGAUCGCACGGAUAGUGGGUGGCCGGAUUUUGUGCGCGUGCAUCCUGUGAUUGAUUGGCAUUAUGCGGAGAUUUGGGCCUUUAUUCGCCAUUUGGGGUUGAGGUAUUGUGGGCUUUAUGAUAGAGGGUAUACGAGUUUGGGGGGUACUGCGGAUACGCAUCCGAAUCCGAAGUUGAGGGUCGAGGUGGAUGGUGAGAAUGCUGGGGAGGGGGUGGAGGAGGGGCGGUAUAAGCCGGCUUAUGAGUUGACGGAGGAUUUGGAGGAGCGCUUGGGACGCAAUUGA